GGCGGGGCGUGACCCGGAUGUGUGCGCGCGACGGACACCUGAGGGAGAGAUUCCCGCAGUCAGUAAAGGGGAAGCCUAUUACCGGGGAGGUGUACGGAUACUGCGGGAGAAACACUCAGAUUCCUAAAGUAGCUUCUUGCUGUAAUGUUGUGCUGCCAAGAGUAAGGAUCUGUAAGAAAACCCCAAAAGGGGAGCACUGAAUUCUCUUUGAUUAAGAUUUAAUCGAACAUUUGAAUAGAAUUACUUCUCCCUGAGUCCGAAUGACUGAAUUAUCUGCAUCACUCACUCAGCUGCAGCAGGGACAGGUGCCGGAAGACUUUGCUGAUAGUCACGCUGCAACCAUGAAUGACAGCAGUGAACGCAGAAAUAACAACCGUGCUGAAUCUCAGAGCAAUGGACAGACCCAGAGCAGCUCGCAGCAAGUGCUGGAGCAGGACGAGGAAGAAGAUGAGGAGCUUACGUUGAGAUAUGGUGCCAAGCAUGUGAUUAUGCUUUUUGUGCCGGUAACCCUCUGUAUGGUGGUCGUUGUAGCAACAAUAAAGUCGGUCAGCUUUUACACAAGGAAGGAUGGACAGCUCAUCUACACCCCAUUCACAGAAGACACAGAAACAGUUGGACAAAGAGCCCUGAACUCCAUCCUCAAUACCGCAAUUAUGAUCAGCGUGAUUAUUGUCAUGACCAUCCUGCUGGUGGUGCUGUACAAGUACAGGUGUUAUAAGGUCAUUCAUGGCUGGCUGAUCGUUUCCUCUUUGUUGCUACUUUUUUUCUUCUCUUUCAUCUACUUGGGAGAAGUCUUCAAGACCUACAAUGUGGCCAUGGAUUACAUCACUCUUGCCUUGAUGAUCUGGAAUUUUGGAGUAGUGGGUAUGAUUUGCAUUCACUGGAAGGGACCUCUGCUCCUACAGCAGGCCUAUCUCAUCAUGAUCAGCGCAUUGAUGGCUUUGGUGUUUAUCAAGUACCUUCCAGAAUGGACGGCCUGGCUUAUUCUUGCAGUUAUAUCAGUUUAUGAUCUCGUAGCUGUUUUGUGUCCAAAGGGCCCCCUCCGUAUGCUAGUGGAGACUGCUCAGGAGAGAAAUGAAACCCUCUUCCCCGCCUUAAUCUACUCUUCUACAAUGAUCUGGCUAGUGAAGAUGGCAGAUGGAGAUCCUGGAUUUACACACAGUGGGUCAAAUAAGCCAUCAUACAACUCACAAGUGCCAGUAGAGUCAGGUGUGAACGCUGCUUCACCAGAUAAUGGAGGGUUCAAUGCUGACUGGGAAGAAGAAAGGGAUGCCAGAAUUGGCCCAAUUGGCUCUACUGCUGAGUCACGAGCAGUUGUGCAAGCUCUGCCUAGUAAUGCACCUCCAAUUGAAGACCCUGAAGAACGGGGUGUGAAACUUGGACUUGGAGACUUCAUCUUCUACAGUGUCCUUGUAGGAAAAGCUUCAGCCACAGCCAGUGGGGACUGGAAUACGACCCUGGCAUGUUUUGUUGCCAUACUGAUUGGCCUGUGCCUUACCCUAUUACUCCUUGCCAUCUUCAAGAAGGCAUUGCCUGCCCUUCCGAUCUCCAUUACAUUUGGACUUGUUUUCUACUUUGCCACAGACAACUUGUUGCAGCCUUUUAUGGAUCAGUUGGCUUUCCAUCAAUUUUAUAUUUGAGCUCCAGACAGCUUAUUUUUUCUGUUUCGGACGUUUGUUUCCGUCAGCGUGACUGUUCAUGGAUGCAAGCAAGGGAAGCAUUUUGCUUUUCUGGUUGUUUAUUUUCCCCAAGUCGAAUGUUUUGAGUAGUUACUCCCUUUGUGCUGAGACAGCACCGAACCUGUGUACUGUUUGUAUGGUUGUUUUUGGACCGUUUUCAUCCAGUAAUCAAACCUAAAUCUAAUAUGACCAAAGGUUUUCAGAAGGAUGGCAUUUCUUUACCUGCAAAACAAAAAAAAAACAUUUCAAGGAGUCUUUCGAGGCAACGCAAGAAACCCUUUCCCAUGUAAUAUAGGCUGUUUCCAGAAAAGUGAGAAACUUCUUAAGUGACAAGAUAAAAGGGAAGACCAAAGGAUGGUAAAAUGGUGUGAACACCGUUCCGAGGAUUUUUAGUUUAUUUCCUUCCACAAGUACAAAAGGUUGAAAGUGGUGGCUGAAGUUCCCACUGUGUGAAUUGCAAAUACUUUAAUUUAAAGCAAUACGCUCUAGAACAAAUAUGAUCUUCCCGUAGUAAACUCUAUUGGAGGACACCAAAACUUUAAGGUGAAUGUCUGGCUCAAUCAUUUUUUUUUUAUUUUUUUUUCAUGCAAAGUCAACUGGGAGAAAUGCUAUCUUAUACUGUCUGUGCUUAUGUUAUGACCCUUUUAGAAAUAUACCUCGUUUUACUGUACUUUCCUACAGGAGAGAUGUCGCACUACAGCACAGCAAGGGGAAAAAAAAUAAAAAUGCAUGAUUUUGUU